AAUGACAACUUCCCUUCCAUGUGUGUGUGGGGAUGUGAAGCAGGUCAAGUAUUGCUUAUUCUACUAAAACUCUAAAUAUCUUACACAUUUUAAGAAGGGGUUUCCCACAAACAUUAGCAAUGGCUGAUAUUGUGCAACAGCGAAUAGAGGACAGAAUUCCUGCACUUGAACAGCUGGAGAGAGUCGGUCUGUUCACCAAUAAAGAAGUCAAGUCUAUGCUGAAAAGAUCUACUGCUCUGGAAUACAAGCUGCACCGGGCUGUUCAGAGUAAAGUCGACUUUAUUGCAUACAUACAGUAUGAAAUAAAUGUCCUGGAGCUCAUCAAGAAGAGGAGAUCAAGAAUUGGCUACCAUUAUAAAAGGGAGGAAAUUGAGUUUCCCAUCAUUCAUCGCAUAAACAAUGUUUUCAGAAGGGCUUCAACAAAAUGGCAGGAGGAUGUACAGCUCUGGCUUUCUCAGGUUGCCUUUAAUAAAAAAUGGGGCACAAAGACUCAGCUUAGUAAAGUUUUGUCAUCUAUGUUAGCUAUCCAUCCUGACAAGCCAGCUGUUUGGAUAAUGGCUGCUAAGUGUGAGAUGGAAGACAGAAACUCUUCAGAGAGCGCCCGUCAUCUCUUUCUCCGUGCCUUGCGCUUUCAUCCUGAAAAUAAGAAAGUCUAUCAGGAGUAUUUCCGGAUGGAGCUUAUGCAUGCAGAAAAACUGAGGAAACAGCAGCAGGAGUUGGAACAAGCUAAAAUAGACGUGAGGGAAUAUGAGUUUUCUCCAGAGAUCUUGAGUGGGAAACUGGCCGAGGUGGUGUAUAGAGAUGCUACACAAAAAAUUAAAGGGGCUGAAUUUGUCUUGUCCCUGCUACAGAUCGCUGCUAUCUUUGACUUCACAAAGGAGCUACAGGACACCAUCCUGCAUGAGCUGCAGAGUCAGUAUCAUGAUGACUGUCUGAUGUGGGAUUUCAUGGCGAAGCGUGAGCUGGAUUCUGCAGUGGCCCCAGAGCUCCAGUCAGCAAGAGGAAGAGCCUCGGAUACAGACCGCAGAGAAGAGCGCUGCUGUGUUGUUUAUGAAGAGGCUCUCAAGAGCCUUAAUACAGAGGCCAUGUGGACGUGCUAUGUCACAUUCUGCCUGGAGAGAUGUAAGAGGAAGACAAAUGUUACUGAACUUAAGGAAAAGAGAAAUGAGCGUUUACUCAGAGUCUUACAGAGUGCUCAUGACGCUGAGCUUCUGCAAGAGACAUUCUACAAGAGCUGGUUACAGGUCCUGCUGUUGUCAGGGGAUACAGCAUCUGCUACGCAGAUCGCCAUCACAGCCACCCAGCACUUCAGCCAGUCAGUGGAGAUGUGGAGCCUCAGCCUGCAGACAUUGUCCCAUCUUGAAAGCGCAGAGGCAGGACAUCUGUUCCAGGAAGCUCUGAAACAUGUGAAUCCCAAGGAAACUCUGCCAAUAUGGCAGCUGCAGGCAGAUUGGAGCAUGACUUCACAGACACCAGAGGAAACGGAGGCCUUUUUUCAGAAAGGUAUUUUUUCCCCAGUACCUGCAGUAUCAUCUGCCAUGAAGGAAAAAUACCUUGAAUGGUCAUAUAAAACUGGUGGCUACAAAAGGGCCAGAAAGACAUUUACAAGUUUACAUGAACACAGACCCUUCACCAAGUUAUUCUUCAUGAAGAUGAUUCAGUUUGAGAAAGAGCAGGAGACCCCAAAGAUGAGUAACCUGAGAGAUUAUUACGAGCGAGCACUACGUGAGUUCGGCUCCUCAGAUGAAGAUCUCUGGAUGGACUACAUCAAGGAAGAGUUGGGCAGGCACGGAAGCCCAGAGAACUGUGGGAAGCUCCACUGGAGGGCUGUUAAGACUCUGGAAGGCGAAAGUGUUGAGCGUUUCACAACCCAGUACACAUUGCUGCAGACCGGGCACAUCUAGAACAAGCGUGAACCUUUAACAUUUCUCUGGUUUGUUCAUAUGUAUAGCACAAAGUGGCUGAUGGCUUUAGGGAUUUCUCUUUGAAAAGCCAAAUUCCAAUGUUGUGACCAUGUAGGCACUUUAUUUUUUGCCUUUUGAAAUGUCUGUGUACACAUUUGUUCCUUCCUGUUUUUCCAGAAAAUACAUUUUAUUAUGAUAUUGUCUAAUGUUAAAUAAAUGUUUACAUUGUACAUGGGCAGAUGGUGUCUUACACCAGCGCACCACUUUAAAACAAAAAUAAAAACACAAUGUGAAAAGCUGUUGUCUGCAGUCAGUAGUAGGUAACAGUGAUUUACAGUCAGAAUACAGUGACUUACAUUAUUCUGCAUCACAUCUUGAUGGUUUGCUGAAACAUGAAAUGCUAGUAUUACACCAUAUAAAGCUAGACAUUAUUUUUGCUAUUACAGAGCAGGUAUAACUACUAGCUGUGCAAUUUUUUUUUUUUUUUUUUUUUACUGUUUACCUCAAAGUAUUUUGAGGAAACAUGAGAAAGGUAAGAAUUAAAACCUGUUAAAAGACACAGAUGGCAAAUAAACAGAUUUCACAUGAACUUUUACAAAGAAAAUUUAAGUAAAGACUUACCUUAAAUGUUGCAACUAGAUUCAAUGUCACUUAAGUAGUUAAAGUAGGAAAUACAUUGAAAACUACAUCAGAUGCCUUUUGGGAUUAAGGACACUUCAAGUUCUCUUAUCAAGCUUUGAAAUCAAGUGUAUAAUUUAUUUCAUUGAACCCCUUUAAUAAAUAAAUAUAACUCCGGACUGUACCAUGGAUCUGAGAAAUUAGCCUUAUGAGAUGUCAUAGGGUAACAAAAUAAAUAGAAUUACAUAUUUAGUCUUCAUUGGAAUAUUGAAUGUUUAGCUGUUACCAAGCUUGUGUAAAGAGCAUUGGGCAGGUAGCUCUUAUUUCGUUUAAUCCUUCUCUCCAUGGCAGCUGUAAAUGAACAAACUGUGGAAGUUUUUUUUUUAAUAUUUUUUUUUUUUUUAUCAAAA